AUGGGGUGGAUCCAAGGAAACGGGCUGGGUGUUGGUCAGAAAGGAAGGAAAGAACCGAUCCCAACACCAGCACAAACACCUCUCCUCGGCCUGGGCAAAGCAACCCAAGAUGCCUACAUGCUCUCGAAUUCAAUCUCUAAGCCGAAAGAACUCGAAAGUAUGGUCAUUGCUCGAGAAACUGAAGAAGCUAAAGUGAAGAGAGAAGAAAAAGUCAAAGAGAUUCAAACUAGGGUCGUCGAGCGGGAAGACCGGUUGAAAACAUUUCAUUGUCAAGUCUGUGAUAAAGGAUAUACGACGAUCAGUCAAUUUGAGGAGCAUGAACGAUCGUACGCUCAUCAUCAUGCCAGGCGCGCCUUGGAAGCAAAAGAAGCGCGCAAAUCAAUGGGAAGCUCAGCAGAAGCUAAGUUAGAGAAGGAGCGAAAGAGAGAAGCUAAGGAGCUCGAACGAAUGGCGCGCGCGGCGGGCAUGAGCCUCGAUGCCCGACCAUCUGUAUCAGUUAAGCCAGAGCUUCCCAAGACUGGAAGCGCAGGCUUCAAGAAGCCAACUGCAGGAUGGACCAAGCUUCCUCCCCCUGCCUCCACCCUCUCUACCAGCCAGAAUCCGGAUCCUCCGAUAGAUUCGGGCUUGUGUAUCUUGCCAGCUGAUAACAGCAAACCUAUCAAUGGUUUUAAACCCUCCGGUUUCAAAAAAUCCUCUGGAUUUGCGCCGAUUUCUUCAGCUUCAUCCUCUGGAUUCAAGCCUAUCGCUGGAACAAGCACUGUCAAUAGACCAAAUCAUUUGACCUCGUCAUCAUCAUCUGCGACUCCGACCAGACUUCCGCCGACUUUUGUUGCAAGCUCGUCGAUCGAGACCAGUUUUAAGCCAUCCCUGAAUCACCCGCCUGAAAUUCCCAUAUCUAUAGACGAUCGAUCCAAUUCUGAUACUACCGGUGCCUCUACUCCAGCCCAACCUACUUCCAAAUUUGCCCAAAUUGCGGCUCGCUUGGCUGCUCGAAAAGCGGCUGCCGCUGCUGCUGCCCCUGGUCACCCUUCCCAUGCUGAUACCACAGGGUCAAACAUGGACAAACCUAAUUCGAAAACUGCUACUGGUUAUGAUUCGGAAGUUGAAAAAAUGUUGGACUUGUGA